AUGAGGAGAGGCCUACGCUCAGGCAUCGUAUCUGGCGUUGCGUCACGCACCAGGGGCCCACAGCAACGCCUGUUUGCUCGUUCUUCUUCAAGCGGCGGAGGCGGCGAUGGUAGCGGCAUUCCCGAGGAGGAGAGCCCGCCGCCGCCCCCGCCACCACCACCACCACCCCUGGCGUUUUUGGAUGUGCCCUACUACGAGGGCGACGACGCCUGCGAGGAGAAACACCGACUGGACGUGUACAUACCGUCGGCCCCGUUCCCCAGGCCUCGGUCGCGGACGUGUCUGUUUGUUCAUGGCGGGUCCUGGCAGCGAGGAGACCGACGGCAUCCCGCCGUACCCGACCAGUUUUACGGCAACGUCGGUCGCGCGUUCGCCGCCAAAGGCUUGGUGGGGCUCGUGAUGUCAUACCGACUGGCGCCGGAGGUUCAGCACCCGGAGCAAGUCAGAGACGUCGCCCGAGCCAUACGCUGGGCGCGCGACAACGCCUCGCGGUACGGAGGGGACGGCGACGACCUUGUUCUCGUCGGGCACAGCGCGGGGGCGCACCUAGCCGCCCUGAGUCUUGCCGACGGCCGCUGGCUGGAAGAAGCGGGCGUCCUCGCCCGCACCCCCCGAGCCGCCCCGCCCGGGGGCGGCGCUACUUCUACUAGUACCCCCCCAAGCGGCACAAAACCCUCCGCUUGCUCGGCCCCUGCUGCCGCAGCUGCUGCUGAUGGCGACGGUUCCACGCCACCGGAGCCGCCGCCACCACCAUCAUCAUCAAGACGACCGGCGCAGGCGUUCUCGCGAGGGCGGCCUUCGGGAACGACCGGCGAGCGUGGCACGCCGCCUCUCCCGUACACCGCGUCCGAGCGGCUCUGGAAAUUCGCGGCGGUGGAAGCAGCGGCGGCGGCGGUAAUGAUGGUCGCGCUGAUGCGUCCGCCGGUAGAGCUGGAGCCGCGGCGGCGGCGACGGAAGGGGGCGGGGGUGGGGCACCCUCGGCCAAGAGCGACACCGGCGGCGGCGGCGGCGGCGGCACGAGCAGCAGCUCGUGUUGCCCGCUGCUGGUUACGCCGGUGCUUCUGCUCACCGCCGCCUCGGACUUUCACCUGA